UACUCAGACCUCAAUCUCUUUUCUUUCAAGUUUCAAACAUAUGUUUUCCAUCCAACGCUCUUAUUUAUAUCUCCCGAAUCAAAUCUAAAUCUCCACCGUUAGAUCAGAUCAUCAUUCUUCGUUAACCCACCCUCUGCCUCGCUAUUUCUUUUUCGACUUUCAGAUCUGGACACCAACCCACUUGUAUUUGGCACUUUAUCCUCUCUCCCUCGUUUUAGAGAGAGAAAGUUUGAGCAAUAAAUUUCCAUAUUUGCCCUUGAUCGAUGGUUGAGGUACAGACAUGGACAACACGGAGAAUGAGCAACCCGAGAUUAUCGGAUUCAACGGCGGAUCAUCAGCUCUUGGAUAUGCCGGCAACUCCACCAGGUGAUGUACGUAACAGCAACGUUGGAUGGUUUUCUCCGACUGUUUUAACGGCUCUGAUUAUUGCAUCAUGGUACCUUUCAAACAUUGGUGUGCUUCUUCUCAACAAGUACUUACUGAGCUUCUAUGGUUUUCGUUACCCAAUCUUUCUUACAAUGAUUCAUAUGAUAGCCUGUUCUAUUUAUAGUUAUGCGGCAAUAAACUUUCUUGGGCUGGUGCCGCUACAGCAUAUUUUAUCUAGAAAACAGUUUAUGAAAAUCUUUGCAUUGAGUGCCAUUUUUUGUUUCUCUGUUGUGUGCGGCAACACUUCGCUUAGGUACAUACCUGUUUCGUUUAAUCAAGCCAUUGGUGCUACGACGCCAUUUUUCACGGCAAUUUUUGCUUUUUUGAUUACUUUCAAGAAGGAAUCUGCGGAAGUUUAUUGUGCUUUGAUGCCUGUUGUGUUUGGCAUAGUAUUGGCUAGUAACAGUGAACCCUCGUUUCAUUUAUUCGGAUUUUUGGUUUGUAUUGGAUCUACAGCUGGGCGUGCUUUAAAAUCUGUGGUUCAAGGGAUUUUGUUAACAUCAGAGGCUGAGAAAUUGCAUUCGAUGAAUUUGUUACUUUAUAUGGCACCUAUGGCUGCUAUGAUCUUGCUUCCAUUUACUCUUUACAUAGAAGGGAAUGUAGCUUCCAUUACAAUGGAGAAAGCUAGAGGAGAUCCCUAUAUUGUUUUCUUGUUAAUUGGGAAUGCUACAGUGGCCUAUUUGGUGAACUUGACAAAUUUCUUGGUCACAAAGCACACAAGUGCAUUAACUUUGCAGGUACUUGGCAAUGCCAAGGCGGCUGUUGCGGCGGUUGUUUCCGUAUUGAUCUUUCGAAAUCCAGUGACAGUUAUGGGAAUUGCUGGAUUUGCUGUAACAAUCAUGGGUGUGGUGCUUUACAGUGAGGCAAAGAAGAGAUCUAAAAUCACAGCUCAUUGAUGCUAAUUGAAUAAUUUUUCAUUUUGGAUUUCUUAAAACACGGAAAGCCAUUUGCAGUGAUAAGAUUGAACCAAGCUUUGCUAAACAAUCAUCAAUUGGGCUGACUAUGACUAAUAUAUUUCCCUUUUUAUCGGUUGCCUUUUGUUCUCAAAUGCGGCUUCUGUAAUGGGUGAAGUUGAAUUCCUACCAUACUCCACAAAACAACACCUAACAGUUUGGUGCUUAGAUUAGGUGGCAUAAACUUCGUAUUUAAUGAAGAAAAAAUUUUCAUCAGCCAAAUGUCAGUUGGCUUUCGUUGAUUUUUACACUGCAACUAUAUUAUUUGGUUUUAUUUCAAUUGUGGCUGCUGUGUCUUAUUAUUUUCGCAA